AUGAAGAAAGAUACAGUUAAUUCAGAAAAUAAUACAACCGAACUCAUAAUUGAAUCACCUUCAUUUUCAUUCAACUGUGCACACUUUAUUGCAUAUAAAGGGUUCAAAGAAACCUUACAUGGUCAUAAUUAUAAUGUAUCCUUAAAAGUAAAAGGUUAUGUACAAGAAGAUGGAUAUGUUGUAGAUUUUUCUAUUUUAAAAGAAAAAGUUAGAAACGUUUGUAAUCAGUUAGAUCAUCAUUUCAUCGUACCUGUUUAUAGUGAUGUUUUAAAAAUUGAAGAUGAAAAUAAAAAUAUAAAGAUUACUUGUGAAGACAAUUCGGUAUAUUCUUUCCCACAGUAUGACUGCAUUAAAUUACCUAUUAUGCAUUCUUCUACAGAAGAAAUUGCACAGUAUAUUUUAAAUAAAAUAAUAGAAGAAAUAGAUAUAUCAUUUUUGAUAAAAAGAAAAGUCAAUUACAUAGAAAUAAGUGUAAGCGAAGCGCCAACUCAGAGAGCCUUAGUUCAUAAAAAUAUAUAG